GAACCUGUUACAUGCCAACCCUUCCUGUUCCACGCAAUCUUAAACUAGCCAGCAAGUGAAGGAAGUCAUCUCAACCUUGAAAUUAGGCAACUUAACUUUGUCAAUCCAAGCAAGCAUGCCAUGACAUCUACAUCAACGUAAACAGUCUAUAACUGUCCAACUGCAAAGCAGUCCUCACUCAAUUCCAAGCACAAAAUUCUUAUCAUUUUUGCCUCUUCGUCAACAACAUCUACCUUAGAUGGCAUGUACUCUACAACAUCAAUCCACAAUCAGAAACCCCCCAAGUUGAGUCUGUUCAUUAUGUUAUCAUUUUUCAAUUCUGCAAUAUAUACACAACAUCCAUUCAAUAAAACCUUGAAACAAAAAUCCAACCUAAACAAAAACAUUAACUGACAAAAUAAUCAAAACCCAUGUCACAAAAAAAUCCCAAAACCUACUUGAAAGAAACAGAGGUAUAAAAAGGGGAAAACAAGGCAAACCCUAAGAUGAGAAAAGACGCCAGAUUUUACUGAACAAGGAAAUGCAUAUGAAAGAGUGAAUUAUAACUUACUUCGUACAGAAAACAUCAAAGUGUGAAGUGACAAUUGAUUUCAGUUGGAUUAUGUACACUGAACUUUUCCCGCGAUCCUACUAAAAGAACCAGAGAUAGUUUCCCGCGCUUUUGAGAGAGCAAAGACUUACAUUUAUGGACAAUGGCCUUACUAAAUUGUGCCAGUGGGGCAAUUGCCUUACUUGCCUUUAAGCUGUGUGGGUCUCCGUUCCUUAAUGCCGCUUGGCACCAAGAGACGCAUGCUAUCAAUUAAGGUUUAAGAGGAAUACCAUUCUUUUCUUUGACUCCUUGAACUCCAAAGCCAUAAAUAAGUGCAAGCUCCCAAUGUGAAAUCCCAAGAGCCAAAGCCAAGACUCUUGAUGGUCUGACCAUUAACCAAGACUAAAUACACUCUCUCUCAUUCUCAAAACCCUAACUUUCAACUACAUAAGCCCUGAGCGCUAGCCCCUUCAACUUACAACACUGAAUUUCUCUCCGCAAUGGCUUCACUUUCUCGCAAAGUUCGUCCUAAACCCAAAAGGGCCAAAACAUCUGCUGGGGAUUCAGGUAAUACUCUAACUGCUCCGAAUUCUUCAUUAGUAGUUGGAAAUGAUGAUCUGUUGACACAUAUCCUAGUGCGUUUACCAGUUAAAAACCUAAUUAGAUCCAAACUGGUGUCGAAGAAAUGGUUUUCUAUCAUCUCUGAUCCAAAGUUAGUCCGUACUUAUUCAGUUCAUAAUCGUGUUACAAUCUCUGGGUUAUACUUGAACCAAUGGACUUAUGCGGCUGAACCACCAUUAUAUGCGUUUAUCCCUCUUCAUAAACCAGAUGUCAGUGAACCUAUCAAAAAGAGAAAUGCCACUAAGCCUAUCAGAAAUGCAAUUGACACUAGAGAUGUCCCACCCAAAAUCCUGAAUUUUUUGAAUAAUCGUGGUGAUGUGUGUGUAAAGAUUGUACAGUCUUGCAAUGGUCUACUCUGCUGCAGUUAUUCUGAAUUGCGUGAAAACGAGUCUGGUUGGAUUGGUAAUAGAGGAACCGAAACCAAGUCUUAUUACAUUUACAAUCCAACCACAAAGAGUUAUAAAGUCGUUCCUGAAUCUCCCUUCAGGAAAGAUGGUUGCCGUUCAGUUCGAAGUAUGAAUUUGGCUUUUGAUCCACUAAAAUCACCUGAUUAUGAAGUUAUUUGUUUCUCGAAAAACGACGAAAAGAAUGCACAGAUUGAGAUAUACUCUUCCAAAACAUCUUCAUGGAAGCUUUGUGAAGCUGUCUUUGAGGGCCAAAUUUCUGAAUCUGAAUUUACAAGUAUCGUGACGGACAACACUGGUGUCUUCUGGAAUGGUUCACUGCAUUGGAUUUCAGAAGGGGGUACUGCAGCUCAUUUAGAUAUUGGUCGAGGAUUAGUAAAGGAAAUGCUGAUGCUACCUGAUUGUAAUGAUGAUAGUGACAGCGAUGACGAUGAAGAAGAGGAAGGCAGUGACAAUGAUGAAGAUGAGGAUAGUGACACUGACGAGGAUGAGGAUACUAAUAAAUGGAAAUGGGAUAGUGCGUCAGUAUUAUAUUUUGGAGAAAACGGAGGACAUUUGUAUCUUGUUCGAAUUUUUUAUCCUCAUUGGAGAAUUAGAUUUGAAAUCUUGGAGUUGAAGUCUGACUACACUGGAUGGAAUGUUAAGUAUCGUGGCAGUUUUAGAAAAAUGACUCGCCAGUACCCAGAGCUACUUCAACAGAAGAAUUGGAUUGAACAUGAUUUUUUCGGUGUGGAUUUUUCGAUAUUGCUUGUUGAGGAAACAGAAGAAUCCUUAAAGAUGGUGAUAAGGAUAGUAGAUCGAGUUGUAUCUUAUGAUCUUACCAACAAAAGUUUCAAGGGUUCAUGCAAUUCAGGUCGUUCUCUUUCGGUGUCUGCAAUAUCUCGUCUUUGACAGUUGACAUAGGUAUUCACUGUCCACUUUAAUAUUGUUGUCACUGGUCUUUUGAAAGAAAGUUUUUCACCUUGUUAGUGCUCAAAUUUCUGUCUUUAUUUGUGAACAUGUGGAAUAUGGUUGUGAAUCUUGUGAUUUUCAGCUUCUUUUGCAAGUAUUCAUCAUAAGUUGGAAGUUAGAGUUACUGGGAUUGGGGACUCUACUGCUCCAAGAAACUUUGGAAGAACAAGUUUGUAGAAAGCGGAAUGUCGAUAAGCUAAAACUGAGGACGUGCUUAACUUGUUAAUUUUAGAUGAUGAAUUUUUUUUGAGUUGCAGACUUAUAACCCUAUCUUGAUGCCUGAAUAUAUCCUCUCAUUUACCUCUCUGGUGAGCUUUAUUCGAAAUGAAUGAUUCCAUUCAAAACUUGGUCCACAGCAUGACACCUGAAGAAUUUGUGUGAAGUUGUUAACUGAC